AUGAAGCGGAGCAAAGGAGUGGAGCAUGAUGGACUGCAGAGAUAGGCUGUAAAACUAAGCUUGACUGUGUAUCCGGGUGUUUUCUUGAGCGACGCAUUGUUCAUUGAAAGUGAAAUGCUGAUUAUAAUUGAGAGAACCACACAGGAGCACGUUCAAAUAGCUCACGGUGUGUGCCCCCCCCCCCCCCCCCCAGUGUUUAUUCACUGUUUGGGGGGUGAUUUUUCGUUUUUUUCAGAAGACAGCUGAACCCUGGCACCAGCAGACACAAUGGCUGAGAGUGAAAAAAGAAACAUAGAGGAAACAGCAAAAGAACAGAGCUGUGGUGAUGAAAGAGCAAAGCAACUCAAACAAAGAACCCUGAUCACAUAUGUAGAAGGAGAGGAGAAAGUACAAAUGAUGGAUCUCAUAAAAGCAAUAAAGAGAGAGUGCGGAGAAAUGGUCGGCUGCAGACAGAGAGGAGAACGAAAAAUAGAAGUGACAAUGGAAACAGAGGAGGGGAAGGACAAGCUCCUUGAUGGCUUCAGGAUCGGAUCCUCCACUAUAAGAAGCGAGGAAAUAAACAACAAUGAGCUGGUUGUGUCCUUCCUCAAUCUCCCGAUGUACAUAACCGAUGAUGAAAUUCUGGAGAAACUGAAAGGGUGGGGUGUAACUCCAGUAUCAAGAAUAAAGAGAAGACUGUGGCCAGGGACGGAGGUGGCCGAUGGGACACGUUUCCUCAAAGUGAGGUUUAACAAGGAGGUGAGAUCCCUGCCCUACUCCACACGGUUUGACACUCUGGAGGGGGUAGAGUACUGUCGAGUCAUCCACGACAGACAGGUCCGAGUCUGUCGAUUGUGUAUCCAGCCGGGACACAUCUUCAAAGACUGCCACGAAUUCAGGUGCUUCCGAUGCGGUAAGCAGGGACACUAUGCACGAGAAUGUGAAGGCAGAGGAAGAGGAGAGACCGGAGGGGAGCAGGAGAGAGGAGAGGAGGAAAGGAUGGAGGAGGGAGGAGACGAGGACAGAGGAGUCGAGGAGGGAGGAGAAGAGGACGGAGGAGGCGAGGGCGAGGGAGAAGAGGAGGGAGGAGAGCAGACGGAGAGGAGAGAGGAGGAGUGUCGGCGGAGCACAACCAACGCAGAAGAAGAGAGGGAACAGACUGGGGGCGCAAAGACAGAGCCUCUUGGGCCAUGCUGUCGGGAGGAGAGAGGAGGGGAGGAGCUGGUGAAAGGAGGAGAAGCAGAGACAAUGGGGGGAGGAGGUGAGGACACUGGGGAGAGGGACAUUAAGGCGGGGGAGGAGGGGAAUACGACAGUGGGGAAACAGGGGAGUCAGGGGAUGACUUGGAGGACAUGGAAGAUAUGGUUAAAAAUAGAAAAAGGCAGAGAGGAAGAAGGGAAGCAGUUUUUGGGAAAUUAA